AUGUAUAUAGCUAGCCACGAAGUCUUUUGCCUCCUAUUCUCGACUUACCUCGGCCCAACAAAACGGUCGUCCCAACAAAUUCGGCUUUGGGUGGAGAAGAAGAAGAAGAGAAGAAGAAGAAGAAGAAGAAAGGAAGAAGAGGAUGAAGUGAAGGAAGAAGAAGAAGAAAAGAAGAAGAAAAAGGAGUCGAAGGAAGAAAAGGAAGAAGAAGAAGAAGAGUCUCGACGGCCACAAGACCAAAUACCCAAAACAGACAAAGAGAGAGAAAGCAAAGAGAGAGAGAUCUAUCAUCUUCUUCUCUUCUCUUCUCCUCUUCUUCUUCUCAACAAGUCGCUUGCUUGCUUGCUUCUUGCUUGCUUCUUGCUUCCUCUUACUAACCGUCGCCUCUCGCCUCUUCCUCUCUUACUUACUCCCUUACUUACUCUCUUCUUCUCUCGGAGUCUUCAAGUCUUCAGUCUCAGUCCUUCGUUGACUUCUUCUUCUUCGUUGACUUCGCUGUCUUCGUUGUUUACUGCUGGAUCUCCUUCUACUUCCACCAUGACAGUCGACUUCCGCCCUCCGCCCUCCGCCCUCUUCGCUUUUCCGCCAGACUCCCGCCCCGCCGUCCUCCCGCCCGCCCAGCAGUCCUCUCUCUCCUGGCAUCACCCUUUCAACAUCCCUCCCGCCGUCUACUCGGCUCUCCUCCGUCCGGCCGUCCCCAUCGCCAUCGCCGCGACCUACGCCCUCACUGUCUCGUACAUCAACCGCCUCAACCGCCGCAGAGACCACCGUCCCUGGGCCGUCAGCAAGACCCGUCCCUUCAAGCUCUUUGUCGUCCUGCACAAUGUCUUCCUCGCCGUCUACUCCCUCUGGACCUUUCUCGGCAUGAUCCGCGCUUUCAGGCUCUCCUGGCCAGAGCCAUCCAUGCGCUCGUCCCCAGCUGCCAUCGUCGACUGUCUCUGCAAGAUCAACGGGCCCAGGGGACUAGGCAACGCUGCUGUCUAUGAUACCAACACCAACAGAUGGACCAUGACAAACCCGGACUCAGGAUACCAUCUCACUCCCGAGGGACUGCCUGACGCUACCGAUGUUGGGCGCCUCUGGAACAGCGGACUCGCCUACUUUGGAUUCCUCUUCUACCUCUCCAAGUUCUACGAAGUGCUGGAUACCGCCAUCAUCCUCGCAAAGGGCAAGCGGUCGUCCACUCUCCAGACCUACCACCACGCCGGAGCCAUGAUGUGCAUGUGGGCCGGCAUCAGAUACAUGGCCUCCCCCAUCUGGAUCUUUGCCCUCUUCAACUCUCUCAUCCACGCCAUGAUGUAUACAUACUAUACGUUGACGGCACUGAGAGUCAAGGUGCCAACCAGGAUCAAACGCUCUCUCACCACCAUGCAGAUCGCCCAGUUCGUCAUCGGAACUCUCCUCGCUGCGGCCCAUCUCUUCAUCUCCUACACCGUCCCCGUCCAGGAAUCCCACCCCGUGGCUCUCCAGCCCUUGACCGAGACCAUCCCUUCUCAAGACACCACCGGUCUGCUUCCCUGGCUCAAGAAGCUCGCCUUCAGAGCCGCGGGGGCAGACGGGGUCGCUGCAAACGUCCUCUCGGCCAACCGCACCCUCUUCGGUGCUGAUGGAUCCCACGCUGCCCACGCCCUCGUCAACCACCGCGAACUCCGCAAACAGACGCUCCAGACCACCGUCCCUUGCAUCAACACCUCCGGCCAAGCAUUCGCCAUCUGGCUCAACCUCGUCUACCUCCUCCCGCUCACCUUCCUCUUUGUCCGCUUCUUCAUUCGCUCGUACCUGCGUCGCACCAACGAGCACCAGCAUCACGCUGCCGAAAAGGCCAUCAAGGACGUCACUCGUGAGAUCUCCAAGGCCGUCAGGGAGAUGCAUGGCAACACCUCCGACGGGCCAUCUUCCGGUUCAUCCACUCCCAGACCAGAGAGGGCUUACGAGGCUAAUGUUCUCGACCUGCUCAACCGCAAGCAGCGCAUCGCCGAGAAGGAGAUCACCACCAAACCUAUUCCUCUUACUCCUACUUCUCCUACUCAAGAGGAAAGUCAAGAAGAAAACCAGGAAAAUCAAGAAAAUCAAUCGACUGCAACCUCGACUGCCAUUGACGUAGCCACCGUUACACAAGAACAAAAGUACGAAGCUAAUCUCAAGGACGUCAUGACCGCCGAGGAAAAGGCCAUCGACAGCCACCCGGAGGAAUCCACCGCCCUCUGCGUCGACUACGAGGCUGCUACUCCUCAUUCUCCCUCUCCCUCUCAUUCUCCUUCUCCCUCUUCCCCAAUGUCCCAUGCCCAGCGCAGAAAGAAGAAGGCCGCCAAGCGUCAUUAA